GCCAGGAAUACAGAUAUGGAGGCUGGAGACCCUCAGGUGCCAUCCCGCUGGGGCCGGAGGAACCAGCCCAUCAAUGUGAACCAUUACGCCAACAAGAAGAGCGCCGCCGAGAGCAUGCUGGACAUCGCGCUGCUCAUGGCCAAUGCAUCGCAGCUGAAGGCUGUGGUGGAGCAGGGCCCUGCCUUUGCCUUCUUCAUGCCCCUGGUGGUGCUCAUCUCCAUCUCCCUGGUGCUGCAGAUCAGCGUGGGGGUGCUGCUCAUCUUCCUGGUUAAGUACGACCUUAACAACCCUGCCAAGCAUGCCAAGCUGGACUUCCUGAACAACGUGGCCACGGGGCUGGUGUUCAUCAUCGUGGUGGUCAACAUCUUCAUUACUGCCUUCGGGGUCCAGAAGCCCGUCCUGGGCGUGGCACCGCAGCAGUAGGCAUCCAGACUCCGAGUGGCACCUGCUCCACAGCUGGCCGCCCAGAGCCCAGGACUGCCGCCGCCUUGAGGCAUCCACCUCCCUAUAUGUAGCACUCUGAAUGCGCCAGGCCAGCACCUGGAACAAGCCUCUGCUCCCACUGUGACUGUCAUGUGGGGGUCGGAUGCAAGGCCAGGAUGAUGAAACUGGACAGCUCCAGACACCUGCCAUCUGGGGACACAAAGCAGGCCUGUCCUGUCUCAGGACAUUCCAGAAGGAUGAGGAGUUGCUCUUUCCUUUGCCGAUACACCAGCAUCCCCACUUCCUGUGGGGCCUGCCAGGUCCCCCUGGUAACUGCUGCCUCUGGUCUCCUAACCCAAAGACAAUGGAUAGCCAGCACGUCCAUGGGACCCAGUGGUGGCCACGGGCUGCAUCCUCAGUGCCUGGGCUUCGUGGCCAUCAGGAGGCAGCUGUGCCCACUUAGGCCGGGGAUUGUGCUCACACCUUCUACCGGCAGUGACCUGGCAGAGCUCCAGCCCCUCCUCAGGGGUCUAAGGGCCCACUUUCCUAAUCAAGAAUGAUCAAGAAAGCUCCUGCUCCUGCUCAUGGGGCUCUGGGAACAGUCCUCCCCACCCUGGGGUGGAACCCUGCUGGGGCCCCUUCCUGUAAGCCUCAGAGCAUGCAGCCCAUCCAGGUGCCUUCCCCAGAAUGUUGGGGUUGAGGUCCUGUCUGACUCCCACCCUGUCUCAGCCGUUUGGAGGUAGAGGGACCUGGGUCAGAGGGUCAAAUGCCUUGCUACUUUUCUCUUUUUUUCAAUUUUUUAUUUUGAGACAGGGUCUCGCUAAGCUGCUCAGCUGGCCUUGAACUCCUUAUCCUCCUGCAUCCCCUUCCUGAGUAACCUGGAUUACAGGCAUCUAAUACUACACCCAGCUGCUUUUAUUUCUUUACACCAACACACAGAAAAGAUGUAAGAAUAGUUUGAAGAAUGCCCUCGCAAACCCGUGAAUGUUUUCCCACAUGUGCUCUCCGCUGUCCCAGGACCUGCACCACUAGCCUGUCUAGUGCACGUGAGGAAGGCAGCGGGCCAGGCCCCACUGGCCUCGUGGUGAGGACCUGGGUGGGUUGGCCCCUGGGGUUCUGCACGACCAGCAGGCGCUCACGUGUGAAAUGCUGGAAACGGCCUUUGCUGGCUGUCCUGGAGCCGCUGCAUCAGUCCCAGGUUCAGGGGGCCUGCCGUGUCCUUUGUAGCAGAACAAGGAAAAAUAAAGACCUGCCCAGGACCCCACAUGGGCCUCACUG